AUGCCGAUGCAAUGGACCUCCGAAGCCGACGCAAAGCUCUUCGUCGGCGUUCUCAACCAAUGUCACGGCCAACUGAAACUUGACACCCAGAAGCUGGCCCAGCACAUGGGGGGAGACUGCACCGCCUGCGCCAUCGAGCAACGCAUAGCCAAACUCAAGAGACAUGCGAAAUCCCUCGGCUCUACCACCUCGACCGAUACGACCCCGAUCACGUCCCCGGCUAAGAAGAAUGGAGCCACCACCGCCGCCGCCGAUGGCGUCGCCGGAGCAGCGGAGACUCCCUCCAAGGCAAAACGUAAAGCCGGGACUUGGGACCACGCGAAUGGCGAGGGUGCCGCGGCGCCGACGAAGGCGGCUAAGAAGGGGAAGGUGAAGGUGCAGGAGGAAGGGGUUGGGGAGGAGGGGUUUGGGGUUUUCAAGCUGGAGAAGCAGGAUUUGGGUGGGGUUAAGAAGGAAGGCGGGGGUACGGUUUGA